AUGUCGAUGUUGCAACCGUCGUCGUGUACCGGUUAUCAAUUAAAAUUACCUCAAAUACCACAAUCUGCAGAAUAUGCAUUAUUAGAUCAAUAUACUCGUAAGAAAUUAUCAUUAGAACAUAGAACGGGUGCAGCAGUUGAAUUAUCAAGAGCUAAUUUAUUUGUUCAUGGUGGACUUACUGUUCCAUUAAAUAUUGAAAAUAUUACAAUUUUACAAUUACAAAAAGAAUUGAUCAUAUAUUUCUCUAAAAAUAGUAAAAAUAAAAUUAAUUUUGAAAAUUUAAAUCAAUGGAUAAGUUCAGAAAUUUUCUUUUUAGAUUUAGUAUCGAGAACUUGGCAUCAUAUUGAAACUACAAUAGAUGAUACUCCAGAGAAUCCAAAUUUGGAAAUACAGACAGAUUUAUUAUGCAAAGAUUCACAAUUAUCACCACUGGAAUCACCGAUGAAAGGUAGAUUAUUUCAUUCUAUUUGUUAUUUUGGUUCCACUGUAUAUGUCUUCGGUGGAUUAGUAGUAUCGCCUCAUACAGGUUAUGAAUUGAUAGCUACUAAUGAAUUAUGGAAAUUGGAUUUAAAGAAUAGAAAAUGGUCAUUAGUGAGUAAUGACCCAAGAAUUAAUAGACGGUAUAGUCAUUCGAUGCAUGUUAAAAAUGAAAAUGUUGAUACACGUGAUACAAAAUUGAUCAUUGUUGGUGGUACAAAUAAUAUUAGUGAACCUGUAACAAAGAUAGAUAUAUAUAAUCUAACCAGAAAUUGUUGGCAACAUGAUAUAAUACCAAAGGAAAGUUCUAAUUUUGUUGUAAAUAUUGAUAGUAAACCACUUCCUUUAUCAAUUGAAAAUAAUUUCUCGAUAUUGGUUGAAAAUAAUGAGGCAAAAGUUCCAGCAUUAGUAAUAUAUAAUCCAAAUAAUCAAUUUGAUAAAGAUGGAAUACAAGAGAAUUGUGAUAAAAAUGAUGAAAUGGAAGAAGAAUAUAUAUCAAAGAGAACCAAUAGUAAUAAGAUGGUCUCCCCAAUGACUACAUUACCCUUAAUACCUGACUCAAAUGGUAUGAGGUUGGCUUAUAAUAACUUGCAGACACCCGAUAUUUUAAGAGAAUCCUUUAAUUUGCAAUUCCCCAGUGGACAAUAUUUUGGAUUUAAUAUUAUUAUUGGUGGCUAUUAUCCAAAUUGUAAUCCAUCAAAUUAUUGUUGUUUUGUGUAUGAUAUUCCAUCAGGAAGAUGGACUCGUGUAAGUAUACGAAGUCCCAAUUCAGAAAUAGUUCAUAGUAGAUAUUGGAAACUGUUUGUUUGGAAAUCUCAUCAUCAGACUCUUUUGCUUGGUACAACCACUAAUGAUAACAAUUUACCAAGUGUUCAAAAAUUUGACCACAUUCUAGUCUUUGGGUUGCCAUUGAUUAAUGCAUUUAAUAAGAUCAUCACACCGCCAUACCUUAAUGAAAUGAAAUUGGGAUCUUUAUCCCUGAGUCCAUUUCAAACUGCAUUAGAUGAUACUAUUCAACAACAACUGGUAUUUAGCACAGAUGAUCAACCGACUAUACGUACUCCGAGUUAUGUAUCGGGUGUUACAUCGCAAUUUGAAAAUUACAUUAAAUACAUUGCGCCAUCAUUUGAAUUAUCAACAAUUAAAUCUACAUUCCCACCAUUCGCUGUAGUACUCGGGAAGGAUUCCCUUGAGAUUUAUGGUGAUUCUCUCUCAGAUUUUGAAUUUAUCACUAGUGAAGGAGAUACUGUCAAAGUACCAAUAUAUCUUUUAAGAAAAAGAUGGGGUAGAUAUUUUGAUUUUCUUUUAUCUCAAGGUUAUUCAAAGAUUUGCUUAGAAAAUGAAUUGAGUGUGAAACGUUCAAUGUUAGUGAAAUAUACACCAAUAUCAUCAAGAAUAACUUCUCGUGCAAGUUCAAGACAUGAUUCGGUAGAUUAUUUCAGAGAUUCGGCAAGAUCAUCUCUCAGUAGACCUUCAAAUAGAGAGUCGCCACGAUCAAGCAAUGCCUUAGAACGUACUGCAUCGGGCCCACGUAAAUCUCUCUCACAAUUAUUUGUUAAUGAUAUUGAUGAUCCAACCAAGUAUUCACGCAUGAAGCAACCAUUCCGUCCCAAUUUCUCUGAGAAAGUUACAAUUGAAGCACCGAUACCACUUAUACCUCCAAAUGAUGAAGAGUUGGAUAUAAAUGAUCCAGUUUCACCUCCUCCUGAUGAGCAUCUACUUUCGUUAGAAAAUUCCAGUGAUAAAGAUAAUUAUCUAAGCGAUAAUCAAAUAAGAAGGACCGGGACAACGUCAACAACCAGUUCCACGACUGGUAUGGUCUUUAGGGUUCCUUUUCAGGAAAAUAAGAGCCCUUCUAGUAUUUUGGAAUCACCGUUCCAUAAGGUCACAGAUCGAAGAAGAAGAUCUUCAUUAAUGGAUACACACCUCAGUGUUAAUGAUGAACUCCAAACCUCCAGAAGGAAUUCGGCUUUUAAACGUCGGUCUUCACACCCCAUCAAUAGUGUCAAAUUUGAAGAUACUGUUGUACUACCGCCUCAAAAAUUGAAUAGAAAGUUGUUCGCAAAAUUUCCAAGUAGUACUAGAAGUUCGUUUUCCUAUGGUGGUUCUACAUAUGAUAGAAAGAGGAACUCUUUACCAUCUUUAGAACAAAAAAGUUCUACACCUGAAGCACCUUUGGAUGUCAUGACUGUAGAUUUACCUCCAACUACCGAAUCCCCUGAUGAACCUCUUCCGGAAGUCCCAACUAUGAAAUUGGGUAACAAUCGAAGACCUAGUGCAUCCAUUUAUGAUUUUACAAUGUCGAAUAAGGGUAGUCCGUUCUCCUCUAGAAGAGCAUCAUUUGUAAGCGCAAAUAGUAACCCAGAUUGGAAAGGUAUUGCACCGUUGAUGAAUAACUUGACGCUUGAUGAGAAGCUUUUACAAAAGAAUGAAGAGUUAAAUCGUGCGCAACAUAAUGAAAAUAAUAAUAGACAAUCUAUCAGUCAAUUGAGGUCACGAAUGUUUAGUAAAGGUAGCAAUUCGAGGGAAAAUAGUUUGAGUAAUAUUCCGAGCCUUUCUGAUAGGACAAGACCUUCAAUUGCUUCGUUUAGUGAAAGUAAUGAUAGUAUAUUAUCUACGGCUCCAUACGAUAUGGAACCGUUGUUGAUUCCUAGAUCUCUCUAUCUUCCAUGGCCUACUUCUUCGAUAAAAGCCCUUUCUGAAUUUUUUUAUACAGGGCAAACUAACGGUAAAUGGUUAUUGGCUCCAGUAGCACUCGAUCUACUUGUAAUGGCUAAAUUAUAUGAGAUUCCUUUACUUUAUACCUUGAUUGCUGAGAUGUUGUAUUCGAUUUUGGGUCGUAAAGAAGAAGGUCUGUUUGUUAGCUGUACAACGUUGAAAAAUGGGCUAAUUAAACAAAUUAAAAAACUUUAUCGUGAUGAUGAGACAAGAGUGGAAAACUACCUCGAGAACAGUAAAGCCUAUAAAGAACUGUUGAGGUUGAAUAAGGCUUUGGUGGAAAUAGAUAAUGGGUUUUUAAAUUCUAGUCUACUAAGAAAGUCUUCUUUUAAUCGUUCAGAAGGAACACAUGAUAGCAGUGAGGGCGACGAUUUGGAUAAACAGUUUCAUAGAGCUUCAAGUACUGGAUCGUUUGCUAAUUAUAGACAGUCAAUAAUUUCUUAUGGUUCAAAGGAUAGUAGAGGUUCUCUAGGUGCGGCAGGAUUCCCCCCUUCAUUAAAUUUUCAAGAACAGAAGAAUUCUAUCGGUGGUGUAAGUCCACGUAUCAAAAAGAAAUCUAGUUUAAGCAAAGAGAUAGACCCUCAUUCGUAUUUCCAGGAUAAUAUUCUUGAUGUUGAUAAGAUAAAAAAUAAAUUUCGUAAGGACCAAUCUCAGGGUGAUAUCCAUAAUGUUGAGGAUGGCUCUAAUGACUAUGACUUUGGUAAUUUUGAUUUAGGAUUUGAAUUAAGUACAAGUAGCAGUGAUGAAACUAGUGAUGACUUUGCUAGUGAAGUUAGAAGUACUAAUAGUACAGAUAUUGAUACUGGAUUAGAUCGAUCAAAGUCAAAUCCAGAGCUUGAAUCCCUUUCAACUAUUGUUGACGCAAGAACUAAUCGAAAUGGUGAACAAGGAGAUGAAAAUUGGGACGAAACCAUGAAAAGAUCAAGUGUAUCAACCUCAAGGGGGAAGGCCGUUAAGACUCUAUUGAAUUCCUAUGUAGACUCAGGACUAGGUAUGUCUUCAUUAUCAAGGUUAAAGAAAAAAAUGAAGAAAGCUGAGGAAUAUGCAGAUGAUUCUGUUGAUCCUCUAUUUAAAAUAAGUUCUACCUUACAGAGUCCUGGAAGACCUCAAGUGGGUCCAAGCAGGCCAAGUAAUCUAGGAUCUGUUUAUAGUGGAGGUAAGCCUGGAUUGAAAUCACCAAAUAUGAAUAUAUUAGAUGAAGAUUAUAGUGUAUUGAGGCUUGAAUGUAUAGUUGCCGCAAAUGCGUUACCACCUGUUGAUCACAUUAUAAAAUAUAUUUUUAAGACUGCAGUUUUGGUGAAUGACGUAAAGAUGACAAUCCGUUGUGCAGAUUGCCUUGAAAUUUCCAAAGAUUUGAAAACUGUUAAAAAGGAACUCGCAAAAGAGAUUACAAAUAUCAAGGAUCAAAUGAAAUCUUCCCAGACUUUAAAGGAAGAUAAAUUAUCACCAUUACAUGAUUCAAGCAUAUAA